CAGCUCGCAGCUCGCAGCUAUACUGUGUCGCAGCUCCGGAUCUUGUUGCUGUAUCGCACGAACAAUAGUUGCGUCAAUCUGUCAAGAUUCCUCGCCUCGAAGUCACAGAAUGCAUAUAUUUCUUGAUAGGAACUGAUAGAAACUUUGGGCCGGUGCUAAAACACUUUGAAGGCUUCGAAGCCUGGAGACAUCGCAGCAAGAUUCCUCGUGGCACGAUACAGAUUGCAUUUGCAAAAGUUAACAUGCGUUCUGUCAGCUAACAGAAAGAAAAUUAUAGUACGAGGGUUUUGUUCCGUAGAUUGGAUUUAAAGUUCUCAGAUGCGUGAUGUACAAGUCGCAGUUUGUCGGCUUGGACGAUAAGCCGUGCGAUACGAAGUGCCUGUUGUGCGACCGCACGUUUGUCCUUCCGACAAACGAGACGGAUUUUCUCACGCAUUUGUUUAAGGCGCAUCGCCUCGUUAUAGCCGACGUUUGGAAAAUUGCCAAUUUAAGGAGUUAUGUACAUUACUGGAGCAUAAAAUUUAAGGAAGCACCGUUGACGACUUAUUGUAGUACAUUGCUAAUGGACUGCACACCGGAUGGACAGCCAAGUAAAAAUGAACAUUAUUUCCUGCUCUCUGACUGUCUGUCGGAGGACAAGACUUUGAGAGACGAAAUACAUCGGGCUAAACUGGAAUGGAUAUUGGCGAAACAAGCAGCUGAACGUGUGGAUACCAGUUUCAAACGCGGCUGUAUAUUCUGCCGCACUGAAAUCUGUGGAUCACGUGCCGAGUAUAUAAAACAUCUUUAUCAGAAGCACAAUCUUUACCUUGGUAAACCAGAAAAUUUAGUGUUUGUCGACGAGCUUUUAGACAAAAUCCAAACCAAUGUUGAAAGUUUAAUAUGCAUUUAUUGCGAGGGAACAUUUAAGGAUCGUACGGUGUUAAAAGAACAUAUGCGAAAAAAAUUCCACAAGUGUAUAAAUCCUCACAAUAAAACGUACGAUAAAUUUUAUAUAAAUAAUUAUCUGGAGCCGGAAAGGACUUGGGAAAAGAAACAGGCUAAUUUGAAAACAAAUCCUGACGUGGGAGGUGGCAGUAGCGAAAAUGAAGAUGAGGAAAGUUCUUGGUCUGAUUGGAAUGACGAAUCUAUUGGGAUAACGUGUCUGUUUUGUAAUUAUAACAGUAAUGAAUUCACCUGUGUCUUGAGACAUAUGAAAGAGACGCACAGUUUUGAUUUUGAAGAAACUGUCAAAGACUUGACUUUUUAUCAAAAAGUGAAAGUGGUUAAUUAUAUAAAAAGACAAAUUCAAUUAAAACGAUGUAUUUUCUGCGAAACAGAAUCAGAUAACGUUUUAGAGCAUAUGAAGAAUCAACGACACUGUAAAAUUGCCACACAAAAAGUUUGGGAUCAGCCAGAAUAUUAUUUUCCUAUGUCUGAAAAUGACUCGUUUUUGUACAAUCUUGACGCAACUAGUAACAGCGAUGAAGAAAGCGAUAUUGAGAAUCUUACUGAAGCAAUGUGUAAUUUAUAAACGAUUUUCCCUGAAUGGAAGCUAAACUUUAUCCAGUAUUUUAAUGAAAAAUUUUUUGUUAAUUUAUGUUAUCAUGUGAAGUACUACUCGAUUGCAUCCUUAUACAUUAAGAUUUCAUAUAUAUUUCUGCUGUUAUUAUCUAAUAAAUUUAUCUAUAUUGCUUA